AUGACCGCCUGGCUCAGCGAGGUUUUGAAGAGAUCUGUUAGCACAUCUGUCAGUUGUGCAGCACAGUCUCUCAGUACACAGCCAGGAGUGUGUGGAACAGGAGUCACUACACUUAACCCAAAAAUUGAUAAAGGCCGAAGAAAACACUCAAAAAAAUUCAGUGAAUUUGAGAAGACCCUUUUUAAACAAAUUGUAUUAAACUAUCCUGUAAUUGAAAACAAACAGCAUGAUUCAGGUACAGAAAACAAGAAGGUGGCGGCAUGGAUUUCCAUAUUGAAUGAAUUCAACUCAAGUGAAAAAGUUACCAAACGGACACUCAAACAAUUUCAGGUCCUGUGGAAAAACAUAAAAAUAAACCUGAAAAAAACAACUGCUGCUACGCGUCAAGAGCGUUUCAAGACAGGUGGGGGACUCCCAGUUCCACCAGACACAGAGGAGUUGGGGGACUUGUUGGCUGGGAUUAUUGAAAGUUUGCAACCCCUGGAAGGUAUUCAAGAUGAUGACCAUUUGGACAGUUCAGAUGACCUGAUCUUGACACAGGACUUGGGGGGUGCAGAGAACAGUCAAGAUGCUCAAAUGAAUCCAGCAGCAGCCAGCACCAACAUGCAGCAGCAUCCAGUCUCCUGCAGUAGCAUUAGUCAGCAUCCAGCAGUCUCUAAUCCAGGCAGCAGGUCAAGAGGGAAAAGGAUGACCAUUCAUGAGAAACUUGCCAUAGAGUUCCAUGAACGUAAAUUACAAUAUUUAAAAGAAGAACAUGAAGUCAAAAUGAAAAUUCUUCAUCUUGAGUUGUCUAUGAAAGAGAGAGACAUGAAGCAGCAGCAGUGUCAAUUGUCUUUGGAACAAAAUCUGAGUUAAAUAAUUUCCUGAAUUGUUUUUACCUGUCUAUGCCAAUCAUUUAUGUAUCACUCAAGGCU